AUGAACUUGUUUGGGAAACUACUAAGAUUAUUUGUUUUAUUUAAAGGGAUUCAAUUAAUUCUUGUAUAUUUCACACCAUGUCAAUUUGAUACAUCAUCACAAAUAAUAAUUAAUAAUUUAAGUAGUUCAUCAUAUAAUUCAAUAAUCACAAAUAUAUUAAAUAAACUUAUUGUUUGGGAUUCAGUUUAUUUUAAUGAUUUAUUUAUAAAUCCUAUUCGUUUUGAACAUCAAUUUGUAUUUUGUCCAGGAUGGAUUAAAUUUAUCAAAAUAUUUGGUCAAAAUAAAGAUAUUAAUUAUUAUAGAUUUCAAUUAUUAAGUGUUUUAUUAUCCAAUAUAUUUCAUUUUAUAUCAUUGAUUAUAUUAUAUUAUUUAACUAAUGAAAUUUAUGGGAAUGGAAAUGGAAAUGGGAAAUUAAGUUAUUAUAGUAGUUUAUUAAUGAUUAUUUCACCAGCUGGAAUAUUUUUAACUACGAAUUAUUCUGAAAAUUUCAGUAAUUUAUUAAUAUUAUUGACGAUUUUUAUUUAUUUUAAAGCUAUUAAUUUCAAUGAUGUUAAACAAUUUAGUAAUAAAUCUAUAAGAAGUAAAUCAUUAUAUGUUUUAAGUGGAAUAAUUUGUUCAAUUGGAUUUACAGUUAGAGCUAAUAGUUUGUUUCUUGGAAUAUUAUAUCUUUUAGAUUUAUAUCAUUUCUUACAAAAUAUGAAAAGAAAUAGAAAACAAGGUAUAAUUGAAAUUGUUUAUUCAUUAAUAACUGGAUCAUUGUUAUUUUUCACAUUUUUAGGUACAAAUUUAUACCAUUAUAUGAAAUUUUGUCCUAAUAGAGGUGAAUGGUGUAAUAAAAUGUUUCCAAGUUUAUUUCAAUAUGCACAAGAUCAUUAUUGGAAUGUUGGAUUUUUGAAAUAUUGGACUAUAAACAAUAUUCCUAAUUUUUUAUUAGUUUUACCUGUUUUAUCUUUUAAUAUUUAUUCAAUUAUCUACAUGAUUCAAUAUUUGCCUAAAUAUAGAAAAUUAUUACCUAUUAUAAUAAUCAAUGGAUUAACUUUAAUAGGAGGGAUUUUCUUUUGGAAUAUUCAAAUUUUGAAUAGAAUUACAAGUUUUUCACCUUUGAUUUAUUGGACAUUAGCGGACAAUUUGGUAAAGAAAAAAUAUUGGGUUAAAUAUGUUAUUUAUUAUUCAAUAAUGUGGAGUUUGAUUCAAACAGUAUUAUUUGCUGGAUUUUUACCUCCCGCGUAA